AUGGGGGAUUCCGAUAGAGAUUCCGGUGGAGGGCAAAACGGGAACAACCAGAACGGACAGUCUUCGUUGUCUCCCAGAGAGCAAGACAGGUUCCUGCCGAUUGCUAACGUGAGCCGGAUCAUGAAGAAGGCCUUGCCCGCAAACGCCAAGAUCUCCAAAGAUGCCAAGGAGACGAUGCAGGAGUGUGUCUCGGAGUUCAUAAGUUUCGUCACCGGAGAGGCGUCGGAUAAGUGUCAGAAGGAGAAGAGGAAGACCAUCAACGGCGACGAUUUGCUCUGGGCUAUGACCACUCUUGGGUUCGAGGAUUAUGUUGAGCCAUUGAAAGUUUACUUGCAGAGGUUUAGGGAGAUCGAAGGGGAGAGGACUGGACUCGGAAGGCCACAAACCGGCGGUGAAGCCGGAGAGCAUCAGAGAGAUGCCGUUGGCGGCGAUGGAGGUGGAUACUACGGUGCUGGGAUGCAGUAUCACCAGCCUCAUCAGUUUCUUCACCAGCAGAACCAUAUGUAUGGGUCCACAGGCGGCGGUGGCGGCGACAGUGGAGGAGGAGCUGCCUCCGGUAGGACAAGGACUUAA